AUGGCAACCGGGUUUGAAGCGGCAGGCCUGGCCCUUGCCACCCUUCCACUUAUCAUCAACCAGCUUGACAGCUAUGUCAGAAGCGCCGAAAAGAUCCGCAUGUUCCGAAGGUACCGCCGUACGCUGCGGGAUUACUGUUUGAGGAUUGAGACGCAAUACGUGAUCCUCUCAAAUCACAUCCAACAGCUGCUCUGUGGUACAGUCGAUAGCCAGGACCAGGUCUUUGAGCUGAUAAAGAACCCUCGGAGUAACUUGUGGAAAGAUGCCGUCUUGAAAGCAAAGCUUGAACGGAAACUCGGCCGCAGUCACCAGGUAUUCAUUGGGAAUAUGGUCCGGGUUCACGACAUAAUAUGCGACCUCUGCGAGAAGCUUAAUAUCAAAGCCCCUUAUAAUGGACCAGUAAGCAUUGCCCUAGCAGACACCAACGCUGACCGUCUGACCUUAUUUUGUGCCAAGUUCCCUAGGUUUGAAAUACGACCGAAGGUCAAGUUCAGCAAGAUUCUGUUUACCGCGGUAUAUGAAGAUCUACUGCAGCAGAUAGGCACCGCGAAUGAUAUCCUGAAAACGCUGAUCGAGCAAGCCGCACGAAGCAAAACGGAGCCACCUUCGGUGCGAUCUGACAUUGUGAUGCUGUCCACAUGGCUCCAGGAGUCACGCACAAAUGCCAGGGGAAUCUACGACGCAUUUAUGGAGCACGUCUCCCUGGAGUGCGGCUGCCACGGACCCCACGGCAUCUACAUGAGGGUGCCGCCGAUUAAAAUCGAGGCAGAUAAAUUGGAAACGAGCCAGCUAUUCCGUGUACUCUUCAGUCGUAUCGGCCAGACAGGAAGCGGGACUAAAUGGCGUUGGCACGAGAUCGAGGUUGAAGCCAAAGAUCCUGAACCAAGCACAGACAUUACCGCAGCUGGGUACAGUGGAAAGGCUGUGCAGUCGAUAGUUCAGUCUGCGGCGCCGAGUAGCACCGUGACUACCGUUGUGAGUGCUAAACUGGAGAGGCCUCUCCCCCGAACAUGCUCUGAGACGCCAAUCACAUAUAUGUGCUCCUCUCUUUCGCACAUUGAUGGACUCGGUGGCCAGAAGCGCAUUGGCUACCUGGUGGGAACGAGCGUUCAGACCCACUAUCAGAUGCGUGCAGCUAUGCUGCCAUAUGAGCAUUGCUUCAAUUCGCUACAGCAAGCCCUUCCUCGGACAACUCGCAGAGAUAGGCUUCGAUUAGCAGCCAGGAUAGCAUGCGCCGUCAUCCAGUUCCAUGACAGCUGGUUAAAACAUGGUUGGAGCAUAUCCGAAAUAAACAUCUCGUCUAGCCCGCCUGAGUCACAGCCAUCGCGCGACGACGGGCUGUUGCACUACGCAAAGCCCCUUAGCGCGCGGAAACCCGAAGCAGAUUCAGAUUCCAGUGAUAGAGAGUCUCCCUACCCAAAGAACUUGAAUCGCACGCUCUUUCCACUUGGGGUUGCGUUGAUUGAGUUGUCACUAGGGGAGUCAGUCGACACCUUGCAGGUAGCGGAGGAUGACGACGCGGAUGUGAUCCAGGCCAAGUUCAACACUGCAUCUCGGUUAUUGAAUAAGGUUUACAGUGAGAGUGGCUCACGGUACGGGGAUGCCACUAAUCGGUGUCUAUUCUGGCCAAUAUUGGAGGGCUCACCGUUUGAAUGCCGUGGGUUAGAAGCCCGUGUGGCAGAAACCGUCGUUCAACCGUUGCUUCAGGACUUAUUGUACUUUGAGGGUUACCAGGGCAUUUAG